UGGAAGAGCUCAAAAUAACAUCAGAAGUGCAUACCCAUUGAGAGCCUCAUUUAGAAGAUAAUUGACGUGUGCAUAUGGAGGGAAAAGUAAAUGUACUGGUAAUUAAUGUCUCACCAUGAGAACAGGAAGGAGGGGAAAAUCGGAAAACAGGAGCUCAAAAUUUCCCUAUCUAAAUCUUUAAUUGAAAUCGCUUCAGAAGUGAGAAAGCGGCCACACGAGUGAGAAUCAAGCGCUAAAUUAACUUGACACCUGCCCCUAUUUUCCGAUUGUUUAUAUUUCUUGCUUUAUAAUCCGGAUGAUUGUGAUAUGUAAUGCAGGAAUGGAACACAUUUGCUUCGGUUAAGGUAGCAACAAAGUGAAGUGUUUUGUUUUUGCUUCGCCCGAGUUAAAGAAAAACCUUGUACCAAAGAUUCAGAAAUUGAAUACAAUUUGUUCGCCAACCACCGUUCGGGGGUUUUUUUCUGCCAAAAAAUAAUCAUAUUCGAUUUUUUUUUCUUGGAACUCGGAAUUUUUCGAUUCAGGACACCAUGUAUUCUAGAUGGAAAGAGGCCACCACCUACAUGCGAUUUGCAUUUAUAAGUUUCGUGCUGGCCUUUAUUUUGUAUGUGAUCGGAUUUUCCACUUUCUACUGGGGACAUUUCCAAACCACGGAAUCGUCCACCAAGGUCAUAGGAUUGUGGAAAUAUUUGCUGGAGUACAAGUACCAAAAUAAAGUCCACGAGGCCAGGAACUACAUAAGUAGUGCCCAAAUUCCAAAAUAUAUCUUUAACUCUGGCUGGUUCCGUCUGACGCAGGCUGUGGAAUGCCUCGGUUUAAUCUGUAUGGUGGUGGCAUUGCUGCUUCUUCUUCUGUACUUCUUCGUGUCCUCGUGUAAACAGAGAAAAGCUCUCUACGCCAUCAUCUUAUUCACAUUUCUGUCAGUGCUAUUUAUCGUUAUUGGAAUGGCGGUUUUUGGCGGGAAGAUGAAUGAUAUGGGAUAUUCUAUCGGCUGGUCAAUGGGAUUGGCUAUCGCUGGAGCCGUUUUGGCAUUUUUGGCGGGGAUAAUGGAAGUUUUAGAAUUACGCUAAUCAUUCUCUGUAUUAAUGAUUUUGUGCCAAAUGUUGGAACUCGGAUAUAAAUGGAAUUUCAUGAGAAUUUUUGUCAAGCCUGAAUACAUUCAGCACCAAGUCCGUGCCACAAGUGGAAAUUAUACAUUUAUUGUCUCUAAGGCAAUCUCAACUUUCUCUUUUUAAGAGGUAUAACUCUACUUUCACAGAUAUAACACGGUGUAUACAUGUAUAUUUCUUUGUCUUGUAUUGUAAGUACUCUGUAUGUUGUAAAGUCAAUGUGAUUUAGUAAUUUAUUCUAUUUAUAUAAAGUAUGUGAAGUUUAA